GCGACAACCCGAUUGCCGCUGCCGACGUUCUCGCCGCGGGCCGUGCUCAUGUACAGCGCAGCGGUCGGCGGGGAAGGUGUUGCGCUGCAGCUGCGGGAGGCCACACCAGCCGAGAUCGAUGCACGGCUCGACACGCGGCUCGACGCACGGCUGGAUGCGCGGCUCGACGCACGGCUGGACGAGCGGCUCGCCAUCGCAUGCCAUGAGCCUGAGCUUCUAGCUGAGCUCCUGCACGCUGCAGCGGAUAUAGAAGGCGAGCACGACGGUCUGACGGCAUUGCUGGGGGCUUCAUCGCCGGAUCUGGCGUUGGCGUCCGACGCGUCUGACAGCCUUCCCUUGCCAGACAAUGAUAGAGACUGCAAAACACCGUCAUUGAGCGUGGGCGGAAUCACAACAGUCUCCGUAGCGCUGACGGGCAUCGACUCCCGCCCACUCACGAGGAAGGUCCGGCCUAAACCAGCUUCACCCAACCGACAGGGGCCCCAGCAAUGCCAAGUAUGCAACAAAGUUUUUGGCAAUGCAUCCGCUCUCGCAAAGCACAAACUAACACACAGCGAUGAGCGCAAAUACGUGUGCAUUACCUGCGCGAAGGCCUUCAAGCGACAGGAUCAUCUAAAUGGGCAUAUGUUGACACAUCGAAACAAGAAACCGUACGAAUGCAAAGCGGAUGGAUGCGGCAAAUCAUACUGCGACGCGCGGUCACUGCGCCGGCACACGGAGAACCACCACCAACCUCAUCCAGAGAAAACCGGCAGCGCAGAGAGCUCGGGCGCGGAACGUGACGCGAAUGCGGCGCGCGGCGCGUCGCCCGCGUCGCCGUCGCCCGCGCGUGCUGUCCUGCAUUCCGACGUGAGACAUGUUUUUCUUUAUUUAUUUAACAAUUUUAUGUACCACACCAUAUUAAAUGUUGCAAAUAUUCAACAUAGUGAUUAUAUACAUAAGGCGAUCUUAUCGCUUAUCAGCGAUCUCUCCUAG